ACGUGCAUGUAAACAAAAUGGCGGACACACCAAAGAAACAAGACGACAGCAUGAKCGAAGAAGCUCGUCCCGAUUACGAUGUUUUAGCAUCUAGAGUAACCGAAAUAUCUAGACCUUUAGCUAGUCGAAAAUUGACCAAGAAGUUAUAUAAAGUCGUGAAGAAAGCUUCAAAGGCAAAGUCUAUAAGGAGAGGUGUUAAAGAGGUYGUGAAAGCAGUGAGGAUGGGUGAAAAGGGGUUAGUUGUUAUUGCUGGCGACGUGUCUCCAAUUGAUGUCAUAUCUCACAUACCAAUCAUGUGUGAAGACCAAAAGCUACCAUACAUCUUUGUGCCUUCRAAAGUUGUAAGUUAGAAAAUGUGUUAAGUA